AUGGACCAUACAGCCUACCAACAAACAGACUUCGCCGCUCAACCUAUAAGGUCACUCGCGAACCUCAAUACACCUUCCACCCCUCAAUCUUUAAGCAGAAUGACCCAAAACGACGUUAUGUCCUCUGCGACAGCCCCAGAGCAGCAGCAGGAAGCUUCGGCGCUCCCACUUCCGCCACCACACCUCGAGACAAACCCGCUGUUCAGGUCGAUAGCUGCAAGCACAUCGGUUUAUCCACAUUUGCAUCCCCGUCCACUGCAGGAUGCUCCGGUGGAUAUUAAAAACGCUAUUGUUCCGGUGCAGCCCCAGACCAGGUUCCAACUUAACGGUCAUGAGCCUACAAAGACGCUAGAUACCUACGGAGCACACACUCCUGCUGUUUCGAGACCUGAAAGUCCUUUCCGUCUGGCUACACCAGUGGAUUAUGACGGAUUGAGUUGGCCGAGUACCGGAACUAGAGCGAGGUUGGACGAAUCUGAGGAAGAGAAGGCUGCUAGGGUCAAGAAGAUGGCUGGAGCUAUCCAGACCCUCCUUGAGUGUAUCGGCGAGGACCCAUCGAGAGAAGGCCUACUUGCGACCCCGGAGCGAUACGCCAAAGCUAUGCUUUUUUUCACUAAGGGAUACGAAGAGAACCUCCGCGAUGUUGUCAACAAUGCCGUUUUUACAGAAGAUGCAGACGAACUAGUCAUUGUUAAGGAUAUUGAGAUUUACAGCCUGUGCGAACACCAUCUUGUCCCAUUCACUGGAAAGAUGCACAUCGGCUACAUCCCCAAUAACCAAGUUAUCGGUCUCUCCAAGCUCGCCCGUAUCGCAGAAAUGUACUCCCGUAGACUUCAAGUCCAGGAGCGUCUUACCAAACAAGUUGCUCUUGCUAUUUCAGAAAUUCUGAAGCCCCAGGGCGUGGCUGUCGUCAUGGAGAGCACGCACAUGUGUAUGGUUAUGCGAGGCGUUCAGAAGUCUGGCGCUGUCACAACCACCAGCUGCAUGCUUGGAAAGAUGAGGCAGGCUGCUAAGACAAGAGAGGAAUUCUUGAACCUAAUCAAGAGGUAA